AAUGGGAGGCAAAGUCGUUUUGAGUGGAUGGUGAGUGGGUUGGGCGCUUGAGGGGCUUGCCAAAAGUAAAAUUGACUUUUUGACACAGAAAGGGAUCAUGCUCAGCCCAAGAAAGGAUCGCCCUCAACCCCCCUCCAUUCCCCAAGCGAACGAAAAAAAAAAAAAAAAAAAAAAAGCGGCCAUGGACAAGACAAAGAAAGUCUGCGGCGUAUGCGAUACCAACCCGUCAAAGUACAAAUGCCCAACCUGCACAUUACCCUACUGCUCAUUAGUAUGUUAUAAGAAGCACAAAGAAACGCCAUGUGAAAAGCCGGCACCGAUUCCUGAACCAGAAACGAUCCCUGUCCCGCCUGUCGCGCCCGUACCAGACUUUCUCAAGGAAGAUCCCGUCGCCCUCCUUAACGAUGAACAGCUUGGCAGGAUCGCACAAUCGAGCAAAAUCAACGAAAUGCUCCAGAACGAAGGACUACGACGACUGGUAAAGAUGAUCGACAGCAGCGAGAACCCAGAGUAUUUAUUAGACAAGGCCAGGAAGGACGAUCGGCGGUUCAUGGAGUUUUCAGAAGAGAUCUUAGCGAUCGUUGGACGUGAACCUGGGGGGUCAGGGACGGAACAAGUUCUGGAGGCCAUGGGCAUGGGCAAGAAGUAGAGAAAAAAAGACGAUGCAGAAAGAUGUGUAAUCAUCAUAUUCUCUCUCUCUCUCAUACGCUGGAUGCUUCAUAAUCGCCUUUUUGGCAUGGUCAUUCGGUAGCUUCAUUACCAUUACAUCUCAUAAUGCAUUCUUUGUCUAUAUUUUUUUCCUCAUCAAUAAAUUACUUUACACAUAACAAAAA